CGCUGUCAUUUCCCCGCCCCCUGCUGCCAGCCCUGCGCGCCGCUCGCUGCCUUGCGCAUCUCGCUGGCCCCACCGUCGCACCAUGAAGGCGCUUGUGCUCGCUGUGCUGGCUGCGGUGCUGUGCGUGGAGAGAGCCCACACACUCGUCUGCUUUUCCUGCUCGGAUGCAUCCUCCAACUGGGCCUGCCUGAAGCCUGUCAGUUGUGGGGAGAAUGAAAACUACUGUGUGACAACGUACGUCGGAGUAGGAAUCGGCAGCAAGUCUGGCCAGUCCAUCUCGAAAGGAUGCUCUCCCAUUUGUCCCAGUGCUGGGGUUAACCUCGGCAUAGCGGCUGCCUCCGUGUACUGCUGCGACUCCUUCCUCUGCAACAUCAGUGGUUCCAGCAGCGUCAAAGCCAGCUACACGGUCCUGGCCUUGGGGGUCCUCGUUAGCUUCAUCUAUAUCCUCAGGGCUCGCGAGUGAUGGGGCUGGCCAAGGAAGAGCCGUCUUCCAUAGGCUGUCGCAGGUCUCAUUAGCCAAUAUCUUCUCUGUUGCUGUCUGCAAGGAGAUCCUCUACUUCUCAACAGGCUUCCAAGGUGAUUGUUUCCCAGACUUUAUGCUCUUCCGGCAUUGGAGACCUGGGCGGUUUGGCCAAGCUGUUCUCUUCCUUCUAUGGACAUACCCCACUGCACUCUCACACCUCCUUGGCAAAGGUGGAUCGUUUUGGAAGGGUUUCUGCUUUUAUACCUAAUACUCCCCCUCACCCUCGUUUCUAAGGUUGAUUAAAUCAAAGCUGGGACUCGCUGAGAACCGACUGAACCCCAGACACCACCCGGUCAGAGUGUUCAGACCCUCCUGCCUCUCACCUCUAUGGAGGUGCCUGGCACCAGCGUGCUCCAGCACAUGGAUGGCGGGGGAUUGGGAAUGCAUGACCCAAAGGGAGACACAUUCCCAGCCCCUUGCAGCUGCAGUCUCUUUUUUAUAUAAUCCUAUUGUUUCUUCUGAUCCUGGGCUGACUUUUCUGGAAAAUGACAUGUCCUUUUUGUCCUUCCAAGCUCUGUAAGUGCCAGACCUGAAUAAACAUGCUCCUGUUGUUACCUGA